CUAAGUUGAAAUUUGGUAUAUUCGGUAGAACAAAGGAGAUUCUUGGUGAGCCACAUGAAAAGGAGAAAUUCAGCAGGUGAAGUUGUUUCCAUCCCUUCAGGCACACACAGCCGAAGCAGAGGCUGAGGAACAUAGCCCCCACAGCAUCAUGGCGGGUGCUGCUAUGACCGUCUCGGAUGAAGUCAUCAGAGCCUAUGAGGACAUGAAGGUGCGUGAAGGAGCCACUCCAGAAGAGGCCCAGCAGCGCAAGAAAGCAGUGCUAUUUCGUGUAAACAAGGACAACAGCCAGGUGAUUGUGGAUGAGGGCAAGGUCAUCUUAGUAGGGACAGCCGGCGAUGACCCCUACCAACGCUUCAUCGAUCUACUUCCAGACGGCGAGUGUCGCUUUGCAGUCUACUGUGCUUCCGUCACCACCGCUGAUGUGGGGGACAAGGAGGGCAAUGUCUUCAUCACCUGGACUCCCAAGAACGCCCCUAUCAAGAGCCAGUUAUUAUACUCUACUAUCAAGCAUGUGGUUCGGAGGGAACUUGUAGAGAUUAAAGCUGAAAUGGAAGCAACCUCACGCGAGGAGCUGGAAGAUCGCCACAAGCUGGCAAAGAAGCUGGAGAGCCUAAGCACCAUCAUCAAGCUGGAGGGCAAAAACUUGUGAGGCCUCAGCAACGACAUUUCUGGUGCUUUUGUGUUAAGGGGCAGGGUGAUGUGGUGGCCCUGUGGUUAUUUCUCUUUGCUUUCUUAUCUUCAGUCUCUGCUUCCCUGCCCUGUACUACUCUCACAUAUAAGCAGCCCUCUCUUACCUUGCCACUGCUGCAGACAGUUGCCAAAGCAGAUAGCAUUUCACUUUUCAGUUCAGCCUCUUGACUGAACCAUUCCCCAGAACUUGCCUUGUUCUUUGGCCCUUCCAAUCCAGUGAUGGAAAUUUUCCUGGUGAAAGCCUUUAUCCAAAGGUCUUGCAGUCUUAACAGUGAAAUCUUAAGCAGAGUUACUCCAAUCUAAGCCCACUGAAAUCAGUGGGCUUAGACUGGAGUAACUCUUCUGAGGAUUUCACUGUAAUUCUCUCAUGUAAUUCCCCACCCCACAUCCCCGUUCGCUGUUUGGGUGUGUUGGGGAACACAUACUGAAGGGCACCUACGUUCUCAGUCUCACCUCUCCCCCCGCCAGGUUCAAUCUGUCAUAGCAUAAACCCCUGAGAAUGAUUGAAAACCCCUACCUAUUACCUCUCCCACCUCUUUUCGCUGCUGGUAUGGUUUCCGGUUCAGGUCUCACACAGUACAUAAGCUGUAACAUUCUGGAGAUAAGUGGGACCCAGUCUCUGGCAGAGCAUAUAUUUUAAAAAUAGCCCCUAUUUUUGCAUCCCUCCUUUGUCUAAAAGUUUUUGUUAGGUUUUAGUGAGUUUUUAUUUUUAAUAAUUGGACUCUUUUGAAAGCAGCACACAAUUUUGGAAAAUAAAAAGGCAUGUUUGUCUUCAGAUACAGUAGUAGAAAGACAGUUAAAACACUUUCCUCAGAUUUGGGGGUUGUAUCCCUAUUUUUUUUAAAUCCUAAUCUCCUUCCCCCAAAUUAAUAUAAAUCUCCUCACAAUUCACAUGGGAUACCCCAACUUCAGCUAAUUGAAUGGGGGAAACUCUUUCCCACGUGAAAUUGAAUGAAAACCUGUUGACAAUCUAUAGUGUUAUGGAACAUGGGCCGUCGUCACACGGGCAUCUCUUCCGUUAAAUUUACAGCAUAUAGCGUCCUACCUGUUAUCGUCACAGUAACGUUUCUUUGGGUCACCUAACGGCUCUUCGCGCCACCAGCUGUCCACACCGAAGCACUCUGUUCUGUUCUCUCUAACCGCACAGAAGCAGCUCCUCCCCCGCUUUUUUUUAUUAUUCUGGCGUUUAAUUCCGCUAUAACGGAUUAACAGCAUAUAAACAUUACGACCCUUUUGUUUUUCCAACUUUGAAAUUAUAUAAAUAGCCCUUUGCCCGCAGAAAACUCCCUGUCUGGCGUGAUCCCCAUCGCUGACGACUCUGCCAUGGCAAUUGAGUCACUUUUACUUCAGCAGAAAGUUUUCAUUGUGUUAUGUCGUUAUGGCGUUAUAAGGACAUAAUAAAAUAAAAAAAGGGGAGUCGCAGGAAGAAAUGGAUUCUGGGAUUGAAGGGAGGGCAUAGGACGUUGCGAGGCGAAAUACAUCGAUGUGAGGCAUUCACACUGAGGCGCAAAAUAUCGCAACUAUCAAGCAAAAAACAGCAAUGAGGAAAUCGCAUCAGUGUUGGAAUAAGGUGGGUGUUUGCCGGGAAAUAGCGCCAUUUUAGCGCUAAAAAAAAGCCCGUGUGACGACGGCCAUGGUAUACAGUACUAAUCUCACCUGCAUCAUUCUGGAAUUUUGCAGAGUCAAUUUAUGGCUUGGAUUUUGGAUGUCACAAAAAUUCCAUUCUCUUCUCAUCUUUUGAAAUAGGAGUCUGGUAGCACCUCAAAGAUUAACAAAAUGUAUACCAGUGUAAGCUUUUGUGAGUCAGAGCUCACUUCCCCAGAUGCUCUGCUUUGAGGCUCACAGCGAAGCCUUAGGCAAGCAGGGAAGAAUUCAGCAAUUGGAAGUAUGCAGGGUGCUUUCCAAACACCUAUAUUCUCCCUGAUCAAACGAACAGUCCAAAGCCUACACAAACUCUAAGCUGCCACCAGCUGGUUCUUUCAGACAACAAGCAGUUUAUUAUACUUUUUCUAUAAAAGGAGAGGAAAAAAAACAUUAUCUGAGCUGCAAACCUUGUAACAGAGUUACAGUUGUAUUAAUGCAGGCAGGCAGAGUAUUAAAAGAAAGUUUUUUAAAAUGAGAAGAAUGUCAGAAUUUACAUGGUACUGAAAGUGUAUAAGAAAUUCCAAAAAGUGGCAAAGGGUAAUAAAAAUGAGGAAGAAACUUAGGACCAUUAACAGGAGGGGUUUCCAAUCUUUUUGAAUCUCUGGGCACAUGAGGAAUUCUGACACCAUGUGGUGGGCACAGCUACAAAACUGGCUGCCACAAAAUGGCUACUGCACCUUACGUUCAGUCGCACAGUGAAUAUCCUAGCGCUGUGGAAGCAGUUUCUGCCAAAGCAAUGCUUCUAGAAAUCUGCAACGCCAAUCAAAUCUCCAAUGGCCAAUCAGAAACUAGGCAAAAGCCCCACCUGACACCACCCACUUUUAAAAAACACUUGGUGGGCCCCAGUCUACAAACAUCCUAUUUCUCCAGCAAACAAAAGACCCAAAUCUAUUUAAGAUUCUAGGUGGACUGAAAAACUGAUUAGAAGGCAAGCAUAUCCUCUUAGCCAAUGGGAAAAGGAAUAAGGACAGCCAGUGACAAGACAAGUAAAAGAAUAUAAUUUAAACUGAGUGCCUUUGAAUGGCUGGAGCUGUCACUUUGAUGGAGACAAGCUUAUUGAUGCCUAAUGAUAGUCUGGCAGGAAAGUGAAGACUUUUAGUGUAUCACUUAAACUGUAAGAAGGAAUUUGGGGUUAGACACAAAGGCCAUUUCACAAUCUCAUGUUGGUAAAAAGGUUUUCUGAUCAUGGGAAGACUUUGGCAUAGACAAAAUAGAAUUAGCUCAGGCCUCUUGGCAAGAACUGUCUCUUUCAAAGGGUUGACAUACAGAAUUCCUAGGAGGAAGAUUAGAAAACAAAUUCAUAAUUAUGAUAUUUUCCAAUCAAACCUGCAGAUAAGCACGUGCAGUGCGGAGCUAAGCAUGUUUGCUCGGAAGUAAGUCACAUUGAGCUUAGUGGGUCUUACUCCCUAGUAAUUUUAAUUUGAUUUAUUCUACUUCAUUUAUCAUCCAGCUUUCUCUCUCUCAAAAUUAUAAGACAAUGUAAUAAAGACCUUAUGACAUAUAUGAUGAGCAGUGCAAUAAAACAAUAAAAUGAGGACAAUAUAAUACAUUUAUUUAACAAUACAGUAUGAAAGGGGAGGGGAAUAAAUAUCUAAUUUUUUUCACAGACAAUUAAAAGCAAACGUGCUUAAGACUGCAGCCGCAAUGUACUAAGCUUGUUUUUGUGCAGCAAAUAGAAUAUCCUAUUGUUGUAUCCUGCUAUUUCUGUAUGAUAUAAACAUUUUAUGCACUGUUGUCAGUAAAGCAACAAUAGUUACCAGGAAUAAAGACAAUUUCACAGUGCAAAUAU